AUGGGAAUGGUAUCCUGUAGAUUUGAUCAAACCUUGUCUUUAAAUAACAAAUAUAUCAAGAUCUUAAAAUAUUUUAGAGAAAAUCACUAUCAACCAAACAUACUUGUUGAAAACGCCAAUAAAAUUAAAGGGGUAAUCGACCAAUUUCCUAAUGAACAAAUUAAAACAUUUCUUGAAACUAUUGAGAAAGCUAUAGAAGAUAAAGACGAAGAAGAGCCAUUCCCUGAAAUGCCUACUAAUUUUGAAGAAGUGUCUUUACUAUAUUUUGGAUACAAGCCGUUUUCAUUUGUUUUAGAAGAAUUUGUUAAUUCGGAACAAAAAUGA